AUGUUUAUAGCGAUUUUGGAUACAGUUAAUUAUAUUUUAUACUUGCAUUAUGAUGCUCAAUUUCAAGUUGCAGUUCAAGAAUUUUUGGCUCUACUUACGUUAAUGAUAUUAACUAUCGUCAUAACAAUAUCAGGAGAUAUUAUCGAAAAUUCUGGAUACAAAAUAAUCAAACUAUUGCACGUUUUGCAACUAACUGUCGAAGACGAAUUUCUGAAGCAGAAGUUAGGUGAAUUGUCUGUUCUGGUUGUAGAACUUAGGCCAUCUUUAUCAGUUUGUGGAUAUUUCGAUGUAAACAGAAGGCUGCUACCAAUGUUACUGUCCAGUUUUACGGCUUAUGUUAUCAUAUUGAUUCAGUUAAAGCAAUAA